AUGAAUCUCUUCGCCGCCGUCGCCGCCGCCGCCUGCGACAACUUAGGCCUAAUCAUCAACACGGAGAAGACGGUAGUUAUCCAUCAACCGCCACCCGACGCUGCCUACGACGCACCCCAAAUCAACGUGAACAGCGCCGAACUACAAGUCGUGGACAACUUCACCUACCUGGACAGCACCCUCUCUCGCAACACCAAAAACGAUGCUGAAGUGGUUUACCAGAUUUCAAAGGCCGGCGAAGCCUUUGUCCGUCUGCGAAACCAAACUCGAUGUGCACAAAGCGGCCAUCCUGCCGACGCUGCUGUAUGCAGCGGAGACUUGGACGGCGUGCAAGUAGUAGGCACGAAGACUCAACCAUUUACACCUCAGUUGUCUCCUACAGAUAUUUAAGCUGAGGUGGCAGGACCGGAUCCCGGACACGGACGUACUCGGACGGAUGGGAAUCCUCAGCAUCUACACAAUGCGGAGACAACUGCAACUACGCUUGUGCGGCCACCCGGUGCGCAUGGACAACGAGCGGUUACUCAAACGACUGUUCUAUGCAGAUGUCACCACGGGUUCCCGCCGACAAGGAGGUCAAGUCUGGGUCUACAAGGAUACCCUGAAGACUCCCUUGCGGCGCCUGCAAACCAACCCGGCAAACUGA